GAUCCACAUUCCUGAUCAGAUUGAUGUUAUUGUUUUGUUUCCCGCCAAAUAAACACAAUUCGGAUUAUAUGCAUAACUCCGUGAAGAUUUUAAUUCAUUUAAUAAAAAUAAUAUAAACAGCUUAAAUAAUUUAAAAAUAAGAUGAGUGAUUCUCCAUCUGAGCCACGAGCAAAACGAGCGCGCGUUGAUAAAGGCGGACGCAUUGCUGCCUUCGAGAAAUUAAAAAAAUUAAAAGGUAAUAAACAUAAAUAUGAAGUAUCAGAAGAAGUGGAUAAUGUAUAUGAAAUUGUUGAUGAACGUGAGUAUGUAAAAAAGGCUAAGGAACGCUAUGGAGACGGUUGGAUUGAAGAAGAUGGCACUGGUUAUGCAGAGGAUGGACGUGAUUUUUUCGAAGAUGAGGAUUAUUCUGAUGAAGAAGGUCAAAGCAGUAAAAAUAUUAAAAAGGGUGGCAAAAAACGGUUACGAGAUGGCGAUAAACCAGCAAAAGGAAAGGCCUCAAUACGUAACUUAUUUAGCAAUGCUGUGCCCAGAAAAUUAGCUGCUGUUUCAUUAAAAGAUGAUAACAUAUUAGCAGACAUUUUAGGAGAAAUUGAACAACCUGGCGUUAGUACCAAUUCAACUACUACUCCUAUAAAUGAUGUUAGACCAACAAAAAUUAUAGCGCCAGCAAAAAUUGUCAGCAAUAUUACAAAAAAAUCUGAGGCUGCAGCAGCCAAAGAAUACAUGGCUAGUUUUAUAAAUAACAUAAAAGCACCAGAGAAACCCAAAAAAACCGAAGAAACAAGUGAUGAUGAAUUAUUAAACAGAGUUUUAAAACCUAAGUCAAUGGAAGAAAAUCGUAAAACAGCACAUAUACCAAAGAAGAAUGUGGAAAUUACGGCUAAAACGUUAGAAGUAAGAGCAGAAGCAGAGAAAAAUGCGUCUCCAGCUAAAGUAAUGCUUAAAAAAGAUGAAAUUUCUGCUAAAGAAAAAAGUGAAAAGUCAAAUAAUGAAGCUGACAAUUUCGCAAAUGAUGAUAUGGAUUUCAGCUGUUUGCAUGAUGAAGAAAAUCAAUUUGAGGAAGAAAUUAGUCAAACAGUACCGGAAACACCUAAACCUAUCAAAAAGCCAGUCGUUAAUGAAGUUGAAGAUAUGCAUAAUUUACUAAGCAAUUGGGAGAGUAUAUGCCAGAUGGAUGAUUUUGAAGAAGAAAAAAAUUCUACAAAUGUUGCGCUGGCGCAAGAUAAUCUGAAAUUUUGGUUUUGGGAAGCUUGGGAAGAUGCAAUAAAACUUCCUGGUGAAGUAUUUCUGUUUGGCCGUAUGGCAGAUGGAAAAUCUAUAUGCGUACGUGUAGAAAAGAUUGAUCGUGUGUUAUAUUUGUUGCCCAGGGAAUAUUUAUUGGAUCCCAUUUCAAAAGAGCCAACAAGACAAAAAGUGACCACUGCGGAUAUGUAUAAAGAAUUUGAUGAGGAUAUUUCAAAUAGUUUGAAACUAGAUACAUUUCGUUCUCGCAAAGUAACAAAAAAUUUUGCAUACCAUUCAAUUGGCAUUGAUGUGCCGCAAGUUUGUGAUUAUCUGGAGGUACAAUAUGAUGGCAAGAAACCAGCGCCAAAUAUUAAAAAGAAGUUUAAUUCUAUAGCGCAUAUAUUUGGUGUCAAUACUACAGCUCUGGAACGUUUCUUGUUAGGUCGCAAAAUCAAAGGACCUUGCUGGUUAACGUUAAAACAAUUUAAAGUCAACACGGUACCAAUAAGUUGGUGUAAGACUGAUGUCAUUGUUAGUGAUCAAAAAUUUGUUAUGGUUUCUGAAGAUGCUAAACCAGCACCACCACCACCGUUAACUUUGCUCGCUUUGAAUGUGCGCACAUCGUUAAACCCAAAAACACUGAAAAAUGAAAUCUGUAUGAUUUCCAUGCUGGUAAAUAAUAAUUUUCACAUAGACAAACCAGCACCGCAACCAGCAUUCAAUAGACAUAUGUGUGGCAUAACUAGACCCGCAACUAAAAUUUGGCCCUUUGAUUUAAAAUUAAAACUAUUAAAUUUUAAAUCAACACGUGUGUUUAAAAAUGAUUCAGAACAUGCACUUUUAAACUGGUUCUUAGCACAAUACCAACAAAUCGAUGCGGAUUUGAUUGUAACAUAUGAUGCCUUGGAUUGUCAACUGGACGUUAUAACAGAUCGUAUAAAUACUUUGAAAACUACACAAUGGUCACGUAUUGGUCGCUUACGUAAGUCACAAUACACCGGGAAGAGAGUUACAGAUUACUUUAUUGGACGCAUGGUAUGCGAUGUAAAACACUCUGCAGAGGAAUGUAUACGUUCGAGAUCUUAUGAUUUACAAACUUUAUGUCAAAAUGUACUAAAAAUCAAGGAUAAUGAACGUAUGGAUGUAAAUCAUGAGGAUCUGCUAGAUUUUUAUGAUACUGGCGAUGGUGUUUUGAAGCUGAUAUCACUAACUAUGCAGGAUGCUUCAUACGUUUUGCGUUUAAUGUGUGAACUUAAUAUAAUGCCACUAGCGCUGCAAAUAACAAAUAUUUGUGGUAAUACAAUGACCCGUACCUUGCAAAGCGGACGUUCGGAUCGCAAUGAGUUUUUGCUACUACAUGCAUUUACUGAAAAAAAUUAUAUCGUACCAGAUAAAAAACAACGUGAGUGGGGUGAUCGAAAUAUCAACACAGUUGAUGGUGACACCACAAACGAUGUCACUACAGCUACUACAAAUACAACUGGACGUAAGAAAGCCGCUUAUUCUGGUGGUUUGGUAUUAGAUCCAAUACGUGGUCUAUACGAUAAAUAUGUGUUGUUAAUGGAUUUUAAUUCUCUAUACCCAAGCAUUAUACAGGAAUAUAAUAUAUGCUUUACAACUAUCCAGCAACCAUAUUCACCUGAUGAACUACCACAACUGCCUGAUGGCAAUGUGGAACAAGGUAUAUUACCACAACAAUUACGUCGCUUAGUUGAAUCAAGGCGAGAAGUUAAAAAGCUUAUGGCUGCACCUGAUCUUUCACCGGAAUUGCAAAUGCAAUAUCACAUUAGACAGAUGGCACUUAAACUUACUGCAAACUCAAUGUAUGGAUGUUUGGGUUUUGGGCAAUCACGUUUCUUUGCGCAGCAUUUGGCAGCUUUAGUUACAUAUAAGGGACGUGAAAUUUUAACAAACACAAAAAGUUUGGUUCAAAAACUGAAUUAUGAGGUCGUUUACGGUGAUACAGAUUCUAUAAUGGUUAAUACAAAUAUACUAGACUACGAGCAAGUGUUCAAAAUUGGUCAUAACAUAAAGCAGAGCGUUAACAAAAUGUAUAAGCAAGUGGAGUUGGAUAUUGAUGGUGUAUUCAGUUGCCUGCUGUUGUUAAAGAAGAAAAAAUAUGCUGCGGUCAAAGUUACAAAAACUUCAAAAGGUGAAAUUAAAAAGGAACAGGAACACAAAGGUCUUGAAAUAGUACGGCGUGAUUGGUCACAGUUAGCCAUAAUGGUUGGUAAAGUAGUGUUGGAUGAAGUGCUGUCAGAAAAGCAAUUAGAUGAAAAAUUAGAUGCUGUACACGCACACUUGGAAAAAGUUAAAACACAAGUAUUGGAAGGAGCAGUUCCAUAUCCAAUGUUUCUUAUAACCAAACAGCUUUCGAAAGCUCCUGCUGAGUUUAAUAAUACCUCAUCACAGCCACAUGUGCAGGUUGCAUUACGUAUGAAUACUACGCGCAAUCGACGAUAUAAAAAAGGUGAUAUGGUUAACUAUAUUAUUUGCAAUGAUGGCACCUCAAAUCCUGCAACACAACGUGCUUACCAUAUGGAUGAGUUGAAAUCAAGUGAAACAUUGAAAAUUGAUACAAAUUAUUAUCUAGCACAUCAAAUACAUCCAGUAGUAACACGUAUGGUAGAUGUACUAGAAGGUACUGAUGCAAGCCGCAUAGCCGAUUGCUUAGGUUUAGACCCCACCAAAUAUAGAGCUGCAGUGCAAAGAUCGAAUGAGGAGCAUUCAGAGAACGCCACUGGUGAAUCGCUUGUCAAAACCACAUUGCAAAAAUAUCGUGAAUGUGAGAAAUUCAAAUUUACUUGUAUUUCUUGCAAAACAGAAAAUAUUGUUGCUGCUGCUUUUAAACCUUCUGCCACUCGAGGCUAUGAAGCCAUACUACAAAAUUGUGUCAACACUGAAUGCAACGCUUGUCCAUAUCAGUACGUUGUGUCAAUACGAAAUAAGCUAUUACUCAGCAUGCGUAGCCAUAUAAAAAGAUUUUACCAGAAUUGGUUAGUUUGUGAUGAUCCAUCUUGUAAUCAAAAUACACGCAACUAUUCACACGUGACAUCGAGAUAUCGACCAGUAUGUUUGCAGUGCAAAAAUGGCUCCAUGAUACGACAAUAUUCUGAAAGAGAUCUAUUUAAUCAGUUAAGCUACUUUCAAUAUAUGUUUGAUCUGCAGAAAUAUCAGCAUAAAAAUGUCUCUUUAACGCCUGAAAUUGAGCAAGCAUAUCGUGUGCUACGUGAAACUGUUGAUCAGCAGCUGGAGAAAUCUGCCUAUUGUACUAUAUCCAUGGCGAAUUUGUUUUCAGGCAUUAAAUCAUUGGAAACAAGUGAUGAAAUUUCACAUAAAAAAAUUAUCUUACCAUCUGCGCCGAUAGCUAUGAGUUUAGAUGACGAGUAAAAUCAAUUUUAUUUAUAUAUAUAUAUAUUAUUAUCAUAUGGCUUUU